CAGUCCCCCCCUAUAUCAUCCUGUCCAGAUGUGAGCUCCGAAUUACAGACAACUCGCUUCCAGAGAAGACUGUCACUUCUUGGAUCUGUACAUCCAGCACACCAGCAGAGAUGAACACAAAAAUCGUCCUGGCACUGGUCCUUGCUUUGCAGGUCUCUAUGAGCCUGUGUGACAUUCCUGCUCCAUCCCAGGAACUUGUUGACAAAUAUGAAGCAAUGAAAGCUACAUUCUACAAGAGACUGCUGAAUGCUUACAACAAGAUGCAGACUGCCGUUGGUGACAGCGCACAUGGACAGACUGCCAAGGAUUUUAUUGAGUCCCUGAAUGGCAAGCCUGAGCUGCAAGCCAUCGUCAAAGUUGCCAGCGGUGUGGGUUCAGAGGCAGCUCCCUUAGUGGACAAGGCCCGUACAUCACUGUUGGGUUUGUAUGAACAGUACCUGCGCCCCCACGUUGGCGCUGGCCUGAGCGACGCCAUCGACCAGAUCAAGGUUGUCCUGGAUCAGGUCAUGCCCGCUGAGUAAAGAAGAUAGACAAACUACUCGUCAGAAGCCUGUAAUAGAUAAUAACUCAUAAAAUCUUUACCAGUUUAGGCUGAGAGGAGCAAUGCAAAACACAAUCUAUUGCUUUUCUUAAAUCAAAGUCUUUGCCAAAGCAUGCAGAGUUACAAGCAUGGCAAACAUGUAAACACCUUCAGUGCAAGUUCUGCAUGUACAGUAUUAUGUGUUUGAAACACUAACAGAAGUCUGUGUGUGACUGUGUAUGUUUGUGUGUGUGUUCAAUAAAAUGAACUGAAAAAUA